AUGGAUCCCUCACGGUACAAUCCACCUCGGCGCGGUGCGGACCCCUCUCCUCCUGCAUCUGCCUCUCGCGGCGCCGCAGCAUCAUCCUCACACCUCGGUAGUGGCACUGCCACACCCGCCGCAUCGACCUACCCAUCAUCGCCGUCAGGCUCGUCCCGCCCGCCCGUCCCUCCCUUUCCCUCCUCAGACCGACGACCCAUCACUGCCCCUUCUGGCGCUGGCGCUCCUCCUUCUCUCGGUCGUCGGUCCACCGUCUCCUCUGAGCGCGGUCGCGGAGGGUACAUCCCAUCUCCGCUGGCGGUACGGUCGGCCCACCCGUACUGGCAAGAAGAUGCAACCGAGGCUGAGUAUCCUCCACUAGCGCAAGGCCACUCACCCUCUCCUUUCGGAUUCGGGGUGGGCUUUGCCACCUCAUCCUCAUCAGCUCUGGUCGACUAUCCUUACAUCCUGGCUUUGCCGUCCGCACAUGUAUCGCUUCCGGUCGGACUCGUACCCUCCCAAUCCACACCAGGCAUCGAGCGGAGAGACUCAAAUGGUCACACAAGGAGACACACCUUCCCUCGACACCUCCUUCACCCGCCUCCACCCCUCCCGCCCUCCCUCUCCCCCUCGACGCUCGUCCAGGCCGUACCCCCGACGCCCAUCUUAUCGGUCCAUUCCCAAGCUGUUCCCCCAGCCGUAUCGGCAGGAGGCAGGCCCAUCUACCGCGCGCAGGGUCAGCCGGCCGCCCCACCCCCGGCGGACCAUACUACGAGCCGCACAAGAGGAUUCCAGCCGGACUAUGUACGGGCGAGGGCCGAGGACAUCCCCCGGCCUGUGACGGUCAUAGAUGGAGUUGGAGUGGGCGUGAUUACAGCUGCGGAAGACGGAGAAGGAGGAGUGGCGGGGACGAUCGGGGUCAAUCCACCGCCUAUAGAGGGGAUGUUGAUGUUGAGGAUGAGGACCGCGCCGAGGGGCGGUUGGCCGGCUAUGCAGAGGGAAGAAGGGUGGGACUGGACGGUCGAGCUGCAGAUCCUACAAGAACCGAGUAUGGGCGUCAGUCUCGGGAAUAGGGACAUCAGCGAGAACAUGCCAAGCUUGGACCCGCCACUAGUCGUCCGUGUCCGAUUCCGCCGCGGAGGUCAAGUCGUACCUGAUGAUCUUCCACUGGUGGAGCAUCGACUCGCGCACAUGACGCUACAUCUGGGUUUGAUCUCGGGGGAUGAGAGCGGAGACAAGGUGGAUUUGGUUCGGUACUUUACGAGCGACUCUGAAUCUUCCCGUGCGGGCUCGGACCCCAUCUCCAGCCCCACCAGCUCCCCCAAUAGCUCUCAACGCUCAACGACGACCACGGGCUCCGCCUCUUCCUCUUCGGAUCACAACCAACAGAAUCUGUACGCCCUCGUUGGGUCGACAUUUGGGAUUGCGAAGCGCGCUACUCUGGGUCCAGGAGGGACCGGAACGGCCACAGAAGGAUGGUUCUUUGCUUUUCGGGACGUGAGAGUGAGACCUACAGGCGUGUUCAGGCUGGAAACUAAACUGAUUGAUGUGCUCGGACCUGGACCAAGCGGGACAUCUACGGGAAUCACACCGAUCUCGAUAGGAGCGACGACGAGGCCAUUUACGAUCUUUCGGGAAGAAGACUAUCCCGGAUCAGCAGCCGACACGGCGCUCACGGCGACACUGACUGCGCAGGGGGUGUUUGGACGGCGGAGGGGUGGGGAGGGGAGCUCGUCUGAGGGGAGCUCGGACUCUAGUUGA